AACUUGGACGAGAAUGUCUGGAACAGACAAAACCCUAAAUUCAGAGAAGAGUUUCAGAGUGGUCGUACGUCUGUGUGCCCCUGAAAACACACACUCACACACAGUGAACAGAGCAGAACAUUGUAUCUGCACUGAUGAACCCAGAGCCUCCAUCAAAGUGACACAUCUCAACAGAUUAGUUGUUGACACUGGAAGGAGUCACAAGCGUCACAUUAUAGAUUUUGAUGACGUCUUAAAUGAGGAGGCGUCUCAGAGAGAUGUUUAUGAGUCAACAACAAAGUCUCUGGUGGAGUAUCUAAUCCAGGGUUAUAAUGGCUGUGUAAUUGUCUAUGGCUCUCCGGGCAGUGGUAAAACUCACACCAUGCAGGGAUGCAGCGUUUCAGCCAAGCACAGAGGAAUCAUCAGUCGCGCUGCUGAGGACAUCUUCAACUCCCCCAACGCAUCUCACUGCAAAAUCAGAGUGUCAUUCUACCACAUCUUUAAUGAGAAGAUUUAUGACCUAUUGGAUCCAAAGGGCAGUGAGGUGAUCUGGGUGCGUGACUGUGAGGAGGUGGUGCGUCUUGAUGGAUUGACGGAGGUGGAUGUCAGCUCCGCCCACGAUCUGCUACAGGUGCAUCGCAGAGGCUCCGCCCUCAGACACACAGGGAUCUCAAAGGGAGAUUUUCCAAGCCGGUCCCACAUGGUAUUUAACAUUGUGGUCAUUAACACUAUGUCUCAAGCCCCUGAGGGAGUUUUGACAGCCAGCAAACUCACUCUGGUGGAUCUGGCAAGCUCGGGAAAAUGUCGCGCUUCUGUGGUUCCUGACAUGAAGAGAACUUUCAAUGCCACAAAUGAAAACCCGCAAGAGACCAAGAUGCUGAAACGCUCCCUCACCAUAUUCGGAAAUGUUAGUGAUUUUUGCCCUCGUUCUGCAGGAUCCCAGCAUGUCCCAUACAGAGAAUCAAAGUUGACCCGAGCACUAAGGGACUGUUUGAUGUUUAUUUCGGUGUCUUAGUUUAGGGGGAACUGCCGGACAUGUUUAGUGGUCACAGUGUCAUCUCAGUCAUCGUCAGUAUCUGAAACUCUCAGUUCUCUUCAGUUUGCCUCUAGAGCCAUGGCUGUUCCUUGCCGACCCAUAUUCCCAUCUCAGUUACAUUACACACCAGAACAGGUAUGCGCAUAUCUAAACGGGAAGAAGGACAUUAAUCAUCUGAACAGACAGCAGAUUUUACCGCCGGUUGGAUUUGACAGAAGGCCACAGACAUGCUUGCUUCCGGUGCUUUUGAGUUCAUUCAGUCCCACAGAACCUAAACUCGGCUCAAGUCACUGUGCGGAUGGACUCGAGCUCAAAACCUUUCUCCCCCAGCUGGAGAAACCAGGCCAAGCUGACCCACCAGGUCAUUACAGCCGCAGCUCUCGACCUGGAGAUGAGAAGAACAGAACUGAUGGUAGGAUGACCCGCUCACUGUCUCGUUGCCUGUCUAGUGCAGUUCUCCAUGAUACUGGAGGGAGAGACAGAACUGGAAAGACAUUGGAGUUUUCAUCUGCACAGCGGCGGUCUGUUGAACGUCUCUCCACAUCUUCUCUUGAACCUGUUUCAUCUCCUUCAGCAGCUGUGGAGUGUCCAAACUGCACCCACGAGCGGAAGAUCAGAGAGGAAUACGACAAGAUCAUCGUUCAGGCAACGAGAGACAAAGACUCACUUAGUCAAAAAGUAGCAGAACUGGAGGAUGAGUUGAGGAAGAGAGAAACUCAGGAGAGAGAAGAGGCGAUAUGCUGGAAGAAGAAACAAAGGGAGGAAGAAUCCACCAGCAGCACAUCUGAAGAUCAAGGAAUAUUCCAGACUGCUGAGGGGGCAUGGUGGCCCAGUGGUUAG